AUGCGAGCGGUACUGCCGGGGAGGCCCCCAGCGAAGCUCCAGUCGUUCAGCACGGCGCUCUGGGAUGGAUUUCGUGUCGUUGCGUACAUCUCCGGCCACGCGCUGGUUAUCCUCGGCGGUCCGCAGACACUCCUCCAAACGAUAUACGUCGAUGAUACCGAUAAGCUCGAAGCUGUAGCUUUUGACGAGGCUUCGGGGAAGAUUGCUGUGUGCGGAGGGCGGGAUGUCUUCGUAUACCAGCCGUACGGCAUCCAAGGCGAGACUCUGAAGUGGUCUCUUGUCCAGACCUUCCGCGCCGACGAUGACGACGAGCCGAUCUAUACCCUGUCGUGGGGUUCCGCGAACGAGCUGCUGGUGGGCAAUUCGCGCCUUGCCCUCUGGUUUAUCUACGACGAACCACGCCUAGUUUGGAAACGAAAGCUCGCGAGCCCCGUGAAAUUCGCGCAAUUCUCCCCAGAUUCGGCCUUGAUAGUGACAGUUGGACAUUAUGAUCGACUUGCAAAGGUGUGGAGACGACUGGCCUUCGGCGCGGAUGAGGUGCGGUUCGAGGUCUCUUAUCUUCCUCAUCCGAAUGUUGUGACCGGGAUACAUUGGCGAUUGCCUCUUCACCCUGAGCAGUCUGUGGAUAACGUGCUCUACACGCUCUGCGCUGAUAACAAGGUUCGAGUAUGGGCCGUUACAGAUCAUCAUGCACUUUCACCGUUACAAUUUUGGGCGGAAAUGGAUAUGGCCGAGUCGGUCCAGCCCAGAGAUGCGUCAAGUGUGGAUUCAGGGCCACCGAGACGAUAUGGUUUCAUUUUGGACAGUCGCGAUUUCUGUUCUGCGACAGAGCGAGCCGUGCAAAGAAACACCGGCAACAAGGAAAAUCAUGCCUUGGAGCACCUUAUUGAAGUUGCAAAGUCGAGUCCUGAAAUCUGUGUGGUAAUCGAUGGUCAAGGCCACAUGUCUGCAUGGGCUUUGGAGGAUAUCGGCUCAAAGGGCAAGACGAAUCUGAGUGUGUUCAACAUUCUCCACGUGGAGGGCUUGGGAUUUGGAUUCAUGUCAAACCUGUCGGCAAACGAAGAUUAUGCGCAGAUUCGUGCGUUCCAGAGCAAUACAUCUGACGACAAGCUCAGUAUUGUCAUUCACCACUUCGACGGCCGAAUUGAAUGGUAUGACUCGCAAGUGGACGUUCUCUUUGAUCCCACGCCUCAAAAGAAACGUAUCGCCCCGAGAGCAUCCUGGUCUGGUCAUACUGCCCCUGUCAAGAAGAUUGUCCGAAAUGCAAUUGGCGAUACACUUGUUUCACGAACUGACGAGAACAAAGCUAUGAUAUGGAGCCAGCGGAGACGCGAAAGUGGAUCGACGCUUAUACACAAGAGCGUCUUAUUAUCUGACGAGCACAUCCACCGGACAUGUGUGAUUGAGAACGCCAACCUUCUUGUCAAUCUUCACCACAAUGGGGUCACCCUCUGGGAUUUCUCCUCCUACCAUGCCAAAAAAAUCGCGCACUUGCCAUUUACAUUAUCGAGCAAGCCGUUGUGUGUACUUCCGAUCCCCACGCCCGAGGCAGCUGCCGGCUUCGCCUAUGUGGCAACUGUCGGAGCAGACAUGCAUGGUAUAGCAUGGGAAAUCCAAUGGUCUGGCAAGGGGAAUUUCACGGGCGCAAAAGGCCAGGAUUGCCAGCUUCGAAAGUUUUGCGAGUUUAGUAUGGGUCUGAUAGAAGACUUGGCCUACAUCCUACCGGUGGACCCUGCAGGACCCAAAGCCAAGACGUCUGGAUCCUUUGAUAUGUUUGCUCCUGAUAUUGCCCUCUCUUAUACGCAUAGUGGAGUUGUGCGGACUUGGACUGCCAAGGUUGACCGGCCAAACACCAAGGUCGAGUGGUUGUUGAAGUCAACUGUCGAUACAGGCAUUGUAAAUCCAUCGUUGGCUAGUGCGAGCACCAUUCGCAAGGCCGCGUUGGUGGAUGCGGACCGAGCACAUCUUACGAUUUGGGACAUCAACAAUGCCCAGCUUGAGUUUGAAGAGCAUUUUGCCCAACACGAUAUCAUCCGGGACUUGGAUUGGACCUCCACACCAGACAUGCAGUCCAUUUUGGCUGUAGGAUUCCCUCACAAAGUUGUGUUACUAUCGCAGCUCCGUUACGACUACCUUGACUCUCAGCCCUCUUGGACCCAAAUUCGGGAAAUCUGGAUUCGAGAUCUUACACCUCACCCCAUUGGCGACUCUUGCUGGCUCACGAAUGGUCAUUUGGUUAUCGGUGCAGGUAACCAGCUGUUUGUCUACGAUAAGGAUAUUGACGUGGGUGAUCGUCUUGUCACCAAGCUCCGCAUUCCAUCCCGAGGACUGUCAGCUGUUGAUCUAUUUAGCGUUGUCAGCCGCUUGAACGGACCCUUGCCUGUCUUCCACCCGCAAUUCUUAGCGCAAUGCAUUCUUGCUGGCAAGACCAGCUUGGUGCAUUCUAUUUUGAUGAAUCUUCACCGAAAACUGAAGUUUUAUACAGAGGGAGAUGACUUGGACGGCUUUCUGGAUAUGCCACCGGAGCAAUUUUACAAGGAAGAUAUCUCGCCCGUGGGCUCAAAAGAGAUGCGCUCUUCAUAUGUCGAUGCCUCCGUGGAACAUGAGUUUUCGUCUGUCAUGGAUGAAAGUAACGCGGCUGUUCUCAACGAGAAUCUAGCCCGAAUAGCCUUGCCCCAAUUGUCCAGUCAUGAGCAGUUCCGCCUUGUCGAUACUAUCCAGUGCGUUGCAACGGUAGAGAAGCACAGACGCUCAAUGGACGACAAUGCUGCACGCUACCUUCUUUUCUUCCGACAACACAUGCUCAGAAGGAGCCAAGGGAUAGCGAACAUAGAUACGGUCUCGUGGCGAGAGAUUGUUUGGGCUUUCCACAGCGGUAGCCAGGACAUUCUCACAGACCUUGUCUCGCGCCAGUUCAAUAGCAAACUUACUUGGAAGGCUGCUCGCGAGAGUGGCAUCUUCAUGUGGCUGUCAGAUUUGACAGCCUUGAAAGCACAACUUGAGAACGUCGCUCGAAGCGAGUACACCAAGACGGAGGAGCGGAACCCUGUUGAUUGUACACUUUACUAUCUUGCUCUCGGAAAGAAAAACAUCCUCCAGGGUCUCUGGCGGAUUGCUCAUUGGCACCGCGAACAAGCCGCCACCCAACGAUUACUGGCGAAUGACUUUAAGGAACCGCGUUGGAAAACGUCCGCGCUCAAGAAUGCCUAUGCAUUGCUUGGAAAACGGCGAUUUGGAUAUGCUGCAUCAUUCUUCCUCCUCGCCGACCGCCUGCGUGAUGCCGUCAACGUCGUCGCCAACCAAAUGGGAGACAUUCAGCUUGCAAUCGCGAUCGCUCGAGUCUACGAAGGAGACAAUGGCCCCGUUCUCAAGGAAAUUCUGGAAGAAAGAAUCCUCCCCGAAGCCGCAUCAGAGGGCAACCGAUGGAUGGCCUCGUGGGCAUUCUGGAUGCUGAGAAGACGCGAUAUGGCAGUGCGUGCCCUGAUCUCGCCAGUUGAAACUCUCCUUUCACCCACACCGGCCAGUCCAGGAAGCCCAGGCCGAGUGACCCUCCAAUCCAAAUCAUACCUGUCCAACGAUCCAGCCUUGGUCGUCCUCUACCAACAACUCCGCGAGAAGACCCUACAAACUCUCAAGGGCGCCUCACAGGUCCGCCCUGUUGAGGAAUGGGAGUUUGUCUUACGCAAUGCCCGUCUCUACGACCGCAUGGGCUGCGACCUUCUCGCUUUGGACCUGGUCCGCCGCUGGGAGUUCCUGGGCGCUCCACCAACCUCGAAAACACUACAGAUGCAGCCAGCCCUUCAACUUUACGAGGACGGAGUCGAUUAUCGGAAGCUGCUUCGCCGGCGGAGCAGUCUCGUUGUUGCCGAUAUGCCGGUUCGCUUGACCGAGUCGGCGAAGGCUAAAGAUGUGAAGAAGGAUGAGGAUAAAAAGCCCCAGCCCAAGCCUCCGCCGACGAUGUUAGAUGCAUACUAUUGA